UCAGCAAGUGUGUGGAAGCAAGAGAGAAGCUCUAAACGCGAGGAGAUAGAUUUUGUGAAAAGGGGAUGCAUUUUUAUCUUCAACGAGUUAGAUUCAGUUGUGUUUUCACGCCUGCAUAUCAAACACUAUUUGAAUUAUAGCCUGGGAGCGCGGAACGUCUGAUUCUGCGCACUUGAAGCCCCCCUUUUGACAUUUUAGUCAAAAUAGACUCACUAACAUUCUAAAUUAGAAGACCAUAUAAUUGUUACUUACAAAUCUGCGUUAUUGAUUACGGAACACCAGCUAUCGUAUCUAACUGAUAAGCUAGAUCAAGUGCGGUGUUGUUAUCAGUUUAUCUCCAAGAUGCGCCUCUUCGGCUGGGACACAUGGAGAGGGUCAUUCCGGGGGCAGCCCUCGCCAAGUGACCUCGAGACCUGCUCUGACCUCGAAGAAGAGAACAUGAACCUCACACCUGAGCGACAACAGAUCCUCAACCAGUUCCGGGAGAGGGUGUCCAGCCUGCUCCCGCCAGGUCAACAGCACGACCAUGACCUCCUCCAGUGGCUCGUGGCGAGGAACUUCAACCUGGAUAAGGCUGAGAGUAUGCUGAAGAAUAGUCUGCAGUGGAGGAAGGAAUGGGAAGCUGACACCGUGUUGGACUGGGAACCGCCUGAGGUGUUGGAGAAGUAUUACCCGGUUGGUCAAGCUGGCCACGAUAAGGAGGGAAGACCCGUGUGGAUCAUCCCUUACGGCGGAUGCGACAUGCGGGGACUCCUCUCGAGUGUCCGCAAGGUGGAUUACGUCCGCUACACCAUCCGCGUUCUGGAAGCUUCGAGAAAGGACAUGGAGAAGCAGACGCAGAUCUUGGGUCAUCCCGUCACGCAGCAGUGUUGCAUCUUCGACCUGGAGAAUUUCUCGCUGCGCCACGUGACUUGGAAGCCUGCAAUGGACGUCAUCCUACAGCUGGUGCAACUUUACGAGGCAAACUACCCAGAGCUGCUCAAGUGUGCCUAUGUCAUCAAUGCCCCAAAAGUCUUCACACUGGCGUAUGCAGUGAUCAAGCCGUUCCUUCACGAGGUCACUCUCAAGAAAAUACGCAUCUUUGGCUACAGUGGCUGGAAAGAGGAGCUCCUGAAAGACAUUAAUGCUGACCAGCUUCCUCAACAUUGGGGUGGAAGUCGGGUCGAUCCUGAUGGAGACCCAAAGUGCCCUUCGGUGAUCUGUCUUGGUGGUGAAGUACCCACAAAAUACUAUCUAAGUCUCAGCAAGAGCAAUCUCUCCAAGCUGGAUGAUGAUGAGAACUUGUGCAGCGUCACAUUAAGCAAAGGAGGCAAAAAGCGACUGAAGUAUGAAGUUAAGAAGCCUGGAUCACGGCUGAAGUGGGAGUUUAGAUCUGAAGACUUCGACAUAGGCUUUGGUGUGUCUCGCAAGAUUAAGAAAGGUGAAGAGGAGGUGAUUGUACCACUGCAAAGAGUCAACUCACAGCUAGUGACGGAGGAAGGCUUUCUUGUGUGUAUGGAACCUGGAACUUAUGUUGUGACAUUUGACAAUGAGUUCAGCUAUGUUAGAUCAAAGAAAGUGCUUUACAGAAUCAAUGUGGAGGCUUCAUCCUGAAGUGUCAGCUCACUUCUUCAAAGAGAAGAGUUGGUCUUCUUUGUUGUGUGACUUCUUCAGGAAGUUGAUGUAUCUAAUGCAUUUACUUUUUUAUUCCUCCCCCCAAGAAAACAAUGGAAGCCUUAUAUGAUAAGGAAAAUAUUGCACAGAGGAAUUAGAGUGUCAUUCACACAAUAUUUUAAUGGUAAGAUCAUGCAAAAGAUUUUUUUAACACUGUUCCAGUUUUGUGUCCUAGAAAAAAUUGUAUUGAUAAUUGGAACCUUUCAAAGGCAUUUGAUCAUUUAUAUGGAAAGAUAAUGGGAUACCUUCCUAGAUGUUCUUGUGGGCAAAUAGAGUAGACUUUUGUAUGUCAUUUAUAGUGUGGAAAUAUGAUAACUUUGAUUAGAUAAGAGAGUAUAUAAAUUUGCAAAUGUGCAGCCAUAGGCUUGUUCAUUGAAACUUGAACACCUACAUUUUUUAUAAAUGUUUAAGAAAAGAAAGAAAUUGCCACAUUUGAAACUAUGAGUGCCCAGUUACUGGCUUUCUGGCAUGUUUUUUUUUUUUCUUUCUUUCUUUCUUCUUUUCUUUACUUUUCUUUCUUUUUUUUUUUUUUUUUUUUACGUUGCUUAAAAUACCUGUUAAUUCUCGCUCAGAUCAAAUGAUCAUUAAUACCUCUUCCAAUGCCUGCAUAGGGUUUUUAUAUUAACUUUUCUAUUUGUUUAACUGUAUCUGUAUCUCUGUCUAUCUGUUUAUCUGUCCAUAUAAAUAUAUAGUACACGCACAUGCACAUGCACCUAGACAAACAAACACAUGCACAAUUUCACACACAU